UGAAAAAGAAUGGAUUCCAUUCUUUGUCCUCUGUUUUCACGCAUAUAGUCAUUUCUGACGUCUCGGCUCGUCCUCCUUGAGAAAGGAUUUCAGCCGGGGCGCUGUCAACCUCAGCCCUGUCCGCGUUGCCAUUUUGUACCUGAACCCUGGCUGGAAUACAGUCGACCGCCGACAACCUACAGUAGAAGAGUUUCUUAAUUGUUCUUCGAUUCAGAUAGGAAAAUGCCAAAAGUAAAGACAAAUCGCAUUAAGUAUCCAGAGGGCUGGGAAUUAAUUGAGCCUACCCUUCGUGAACUUCAAGCAAAAAUGAGGGAAGCGGAGAAUGAUACACAUGAUGGUAAAAGAAAAUGUGAGACAUUAUGGCCUAUAUUUAAGAUUGCACAUCAGAAGAGUCGCUACAUAUUUGACCUCUACCACCGGAGGAAGGAAAUUUCAAAGGAAUUGUAUGAAUUUUGUUUAGAUCAGGGAUAUGCUGACCGCAACCUGAUUGCAAAAUGGAAGAAGCCUGGCUAUGAACGUUUGUGUUGCCUUAGGUGCAUGCAACCACGGGAUCACAACUUUGCCACCACUUGUGUUUGCCGAGUACCCAAGCAACUGAGGGAGGAAAAGGUCAUAGAGUGUGUUCAUUGUGGUUGUAGGGGCUGUGCAAGUGGGGACUGAGGGGCGAUUGAAUCUGGUCUCUGGUAUCAGAUGCGAGUAGACAUUUCUCAUGAUUAGUUUGCCUGCAUUGCUGAAAUGUGCGUUCCUUGCAAUCCAAAUUAGCCUUGUUUUCAAGGUUGUUGUAUUGUGAACUCUGUAAGGAUAAUUUGUGAUAACUAGCUAAGCAGUUUUUCUU